CCGUGUAAGCAGGCAGGCGCUGAUGUGCCACGUGUGUCCUUUAGGCCACGGCGACUGUCACUGCGGAGAAUGCAAGUGCCACGCGGGUUACAUCGGGGACAACUGUAACUGCUCGACAGACGUCAGUACGUGCCAGGCCAGGGAUGGCCAGAUCUGCAGUGACCGCGGGCACUGUGUCUGUGGGCAGUGCCAGUGCACGGAGCCGGGGGCCUUUGGGGAGACAUGUGAGAAGUGCCCGACCUGCCUGGAUGCUUGCAGCACCAAGAGAGAUUGUGUUGAGUGCUUGCUGCUUCACUCAGGGAGCUCAGUUGACAACCAGACCUGCCAAAACCUGUGCAAGGAUGAGGUGAUCACACGGGUGGACACCAUCGUGAAAGAUGACCAGGAGGCUGUGCUUUGUUUCUACAAAACUGCCAAGGAUUGUGUGAUGAUGUUCACCUAUGCUGAGCUCCCCAGUGGGAAGUCCAACCUGACAGUCCUCAGGGAACCAGAGUGUGGAUCUGCCCCCAAUGCCAUGACCAUCCUCCUGGCUCUGGUCGGCAGCAUCAUCCUGAUUGGGCUGGCGCUCCUGGCCAUCUGGAAGCUGCUUGUCACCAUCCACGACCGGAGAGAGUUUGCAAAGUUCCAGAGUGAGCGAUCCAGGGCCCGCUACGAAAUGGCUUCAAACCCUCUGUACAGAAAGCCCAUCUCCACACACACCGUGGAUUUCACCUUCAACAAGUUCAACAGAUCCUACAAUGGCACAGUGGACUGAUGGCUCCUUCCCCUCAGAGGGCUGGAGGGGCAAGCGGUCAAGCCAGAGACUGACACGCUUUGGACAGCUGCUCGGCUUGAGCACGGUUCCCUGCACGGCCAAGCGCAGAGACCUUCCAGUGAGCCUGGGCGAGGAGCCCGCACAGGAAGGUGCCCGGCCGUGCCACCUGGCCACCCCUCCAAGCCCGGCGACAGUGCUCUAGGCUUUCCUCAGCACAUCCAGCUUGUUGUCUCAAUGAACUGCUGAGAUGCAGGCCGCCUCUCCCUUCCGGGAGGGCUGGGCCUCCAGUCUGGCCAGAUGAGAAGGCUCUUGGGAGUGUCAGAGUGAGUAAAACCCGCACAGUCUGGCUUUGCUCCUGUUGAUCAUUUUUAAAUGAAAUAAAAUGAUCGUGCAUUUAUG